AUGGCUGAGGCGCACCAGGCAGUGGGCUUCCAGUUCACUGUGCGUCCAGAUGGGGUGGACUAACUGAGCCAAGAGGUCAUCAGAAACAUCUACCUGUCAGGACUGACGGCAUGGAAGAAGAAAGCCAUUCAAUUCAAGAAUGGUGUACUCGCCGGAGUCUACCCCGCCAGUCCGUCCAGUUGGCUGAUAGUUGUGAUCGCCAUGAUGAGUUCCUUGUAUAUCAACACAGACCCAUCACUAGGAAUGAUUGACGUCAUCAAGGAAAACCUGCCACACAAAGACUGUAUGUCAGUGCAGACCAGAGCGGUGCUGGGGGCCAUCCUGUUCGCUACGGGACUGUGGCUGUUCCUCAUCUACCUGCUCAGAUACACUCUCAAAGCUCUGCUCUCCUACCACGGCUGGAUCUUUGAAUCUCAUGGAAGAAUGAGUGCAUCAACCAAAGUGUGGCUGAGCUUGGUGAAGAUGUUCUCGGGACGCAGACCACUGCUCUACAGCUUCCAGGCCUCCCUACCCAGGCUCCCUGUGCCCAGCGUGGAAGAUACCAUUCACAGGUACCUGGAGUCGGUCCGUCCUCUGCUGGACAACGCACAGUAUGACCAGAUGGAAAUGUUGGCCUUUGAUUUUAAAGAAUCCAAAGCAGGCCGACUGCAGAGAUACCUGGUCCUAAAAUCCUGGUGGGCAACAAAUUAUGUUAGUGACUGGUGGGAGGAGUACAUCUACCUCAGGAGCAGGAGUCCCAUCAUGGUUAACAGCAACUUUUAUAUAAUGGACCUGCUGUACGUGACCCCGACGCACCGGCAGGCUGCCAGAGCGGGAAACAUUGUUCAUGCUAUGUUGCAGUACAGACGGAAACUGGAGCGGGGAGAACAUGCACCGCUGAGAGCUUUGGGGACUGUUCCCAUGUGCUCCACUCAGAUGGAGAGGAUGUUUAACACCACCCGCAUCCCUGGCAUUGAGACAGACAUUGUGCAGCACCUGACUGACCGGAAGCACCUGACUGUCUACCACAAAGGCCGCUUCUUCCUGCUGUGGCUGUAUACGGGAGGCCGCCACCUCUUACCAAGCGAACUGGAGAUGCAGUUUCAAAGGAUCCUGAAUGACACAUCAGAACCUCAACCAGGAGAAGUGAAACUCGCUGCGCUGACUGCAGGAAACCGAGUUCCAUGGGCACGGGCUCGGGUUAAAUAUUUCAGCCACGGCGUGAACAAAGUGUCCUUGGAUGUUAUUGAGUCAGCUGCUUUCUUCUUGACACUUGACGAUGAGCCUCAAGGUUAUGACGAAAAGAAGACCAACUCACUUGAUAGUUAUGCCAAGUCCCUGCUGCAUGGAAAGUGCCAUGACAGGUGGUUUGAUAAGUCUUUCAACUUAAUCUCUUAUCCAAAUGGAAAGAUGGGUGUAAAUAUUGAACAUUCUUGGGCAGAUGCGCCAGUCGUGGGACACAUGUGGGAGUAUGUUGUUGCAACAGACUGUUUCCACCUCGGCUACACAGAGGAAGGGCAUUGUAGAGGCGACGUGAACAGGGGUCUGCCUUAUCCCACUCGACUGCAGUGGCAGAUUUCACAGGAGUGCCAAGAUAUCAUAGAAACGUCAUACCUGUCAGCCCAGAAGAUAGCCGAGGAUGUGGACUUCCACGGCUGCCUGUUCAAUGAGUUUGGCAAAGGAUUGAUCAAGAAGUGCAGGACGAGCCCUGAUGCCUUCAUCCAGCUGGCCCUGCAGCUGGCACAGUUCAGGGAUCAGGGUGUGUUCUGUCUGACGUAUGAGUCCUCCAUGACCCGCAUGUUCAGAGAUGGACGGACAGAGACGGUGCGGUCCUGCACCCCUGAGGCUGCCGCCUUUGUGAAAGCCAUGGAGGACACGGCUUCAACAAACACCUGUAGGCUGGCACUGUUUCGUAAGGCAGCAGAGAAGCAUCAAAACAUGUAUCGUUUGGCCAUGACUGGAUCUGGCAUCGACCGUCACCUUUUCUGCCUUUACAUCGUGUCCAAGUACCUGGGUGUGGACUCACCAUUUCUUGAGAAGGUACUUUCCGAGCCAUGGAGGCUGUCCACAAGCCAGACUCCACAGCAGCAGCUCAACCUUAUGGACAUCAACAAGUUCCCUGAGUAUGUGAGCGCUGGAGGUGGAUUCGGCCCUGUGGCUGAUGAUGGAUACGGUGUGUCUUAUAUCAUUGUUGGGGAACACCUCAUCACAUUCCACAUCUCCAGCAAGUUCUCCAGCUCUAACACAGACUCGUACCGGUUCGGCCUGCACAUUCAGAAGGCCAUGGUUGACAUCAAAGCGCUUUUCCAGCUUGAAAACCAUAAGAAGACCGCGGAGCACGCAAAGCACUUAGAAAAUGGGAAAAAGCACAUUUAGCCUAACCCUGAAGAGAGGGUCCUUGCUGUCCUUCGUUCAUGAAAACAGUUCCAGAAACAUGUUGCACUUAAUGAUCUGGAUCAUUACAGGAGCAGGGCAUUCCACUCAGUCGGACAUAAGGAAUACUUGCUGUUCCUCUAAUUUAUUUCUAUUUAUAUUGCACUUUCCAGAGCUGCUUUGUUUGCUGCAGAGGGAAAUAAAUUCUCUUUAAUGACAGGAAACCUGUGCCAAAAG